GGUAGUUUGGGUUCUGGAAAGUGUCGAGUCGAGUUCUUUUGGAAAUUUGUUUCACAAAAAAUUACCUUCUGCAUUUUAGGGAGCUCAAGUUGUAUACAAUGCAACUUAAUCAAUUGGCUGUCAUCACAGCCGUUUUGCUGUUAUGCGUUCAGGAUGGAGUGACCAAGUUUGUAAGAUGGGAUACGGAUAUCGGUGAUCUCCCUCAUGGUAAACGUCCUCCAUAUGGUGAAUACCCUCCGCAGGGUCAACACCCUUCCCAGGGUCAAUACCCUCCCCAGGGUCAAUACCCUCCCCAGGGUCAAUACCCUCCCCAGGGUCAAUACCCUCCAAAUGGUGAAUACCCUCCCGAGGAUGGUCUUGAUUUUCCGGAUGAAGGUGGUGACUGGGAACUUAAUCCAGUGUUUUAUCCAGGAUGGUGCACUGAUGAUGAGGAGUGCGGAAUUUGUAGCAGAUGUAGCUUGCUUAGUGGGGAAUGUUACCCCGAUUAUAACCAGGACCCACUGCAAUGCGAUUAUAUUUACUGAUAAAAAAUAUGAUAUGCGACAAAGCAUGUUUCCAUAAUUUCGGAAUAAAUUUAAAAGAAUAUUUAGCGAUAUCUACGUAUAUCUACAUAGAUUUCAAGUACUUACAUACAAUUCAAAUUUUAAGCAUUUAUAUAAAUACUGCCAUUUUUCUUAAAUAAGAUGAUUAUGACAUUAUAUUCGCUUUCUAGCAAUGUGUGCCCCAAGUAAAUUUCUGAGCCGAGUUUAAGAAAAAUAU